AUGACCCUUUACAAUGCCUACAUUGCACCACAACCCUUGAGCAAUGCCUACUUUGCACCACGACCCUUGAGCUAUGCCUACAUUGCACCACGACCCUUGAGUAAUGCCUACAUUGCACCACGACCCUUGAGCAAUGCCUACAUUGCACCACGACCCUUGAGUAAUGCCUACAUUGCACCACGACCAUUGAGCAAUGCCUACAUUGCACCACGACCCUUUGGCAAUACCUACAUUGCACCACGACCCUUGACAAUACUACAUUGCACCACGACACCCUUGAGUAAUGCCUACAUUGCACCACGACCCUUGAGCAAUGCCUACAUUGCACCACGACCCUUUGGCAAUACCUACAUUGCACCACGACCCUUUAGCAAUAUCUACAGAACACCACGAACCUUGAGCAAUGCCUACAUUGCACCACGACCCUUGAACAAUACCCACAUUGCACCACGACCAUUGAGCAAUGCCUACAUUGCACCACGACCCUUGAGCAAUGCCUCAUUGCAACAGCCCAUAGCAAUGCUACACACGACCCUUGAGCAAUCCUACAUUGCACCACGACCUGACAAACACAUUGCACCACGACCAUUGAGCAAUGCCUACAUUGCACCACGACCAUUGAGCAAUGCCUACAUUGCACCACGACCCUUUAGCAAUGCCUAUAUUGCACCACGACCCUUUAGCAAUACCUACAUUGCACCACGACCCUUGAGCAAUACCUACAUUGCACCACGACCCUUGAGCAAUACCUACAUUGCACCACGACCCUUGAGCAAUACCUACAUUGCACCACGACCCUUGAGCAAUACCUUCAAUGCAUCACGACCCUUUAGCAAUGCCUGCAUUGCACCACAACCCUUCAGCAACGUGUACAUUGCACCACGACCUUUUAGCAAUGCCUACAUUGCACCACAACCACGACUAUUGAGCAAUGCCUACAUUGCACCAUGA